AUGGCGGACAGCGACAAGGCUUCCCCGUCGAACGAUGACACCAAACCCCAAGCUCCACUCUCCGCUGCUGCGCCUGUUGGGAGUGAAGCCAGGCCGGCUGUCCCAUCGGAAUCAUCUAACUCUGACCUGUCUCCUUCUGAGCAGGGAGGCUCGCCUGCUUCAGACGACGCUUCUGAGUCUGAUGCGGGGGUUCCUCCUCCGGUGGUGAAUGGGCGAAGUAAUUCGGGUAUUGAAUAUCCUGGACAGCAUGAUGUAAAGCUUGGCCGGGGAGGAGACGCAAACUCGCAUGUUGGUAAUAUCAAGUUUCGGCAGCUGGUGAACCAAUUCAAGACAAGAUACUCGGCCGCUUCCCGUGCGAACAAGCCAUUGGUUGCUGACGAGGUCGUCCAGAUUUGGAGAAAGCUGGACCCACCCGGGCGCUUCUUGAUCAGGACGCAUCCGUCAAUGGGGGAUGAUAGUCCCUGGCACGACGUGGGAGACAAGAAGGCAAGAAAGAAGUGCUCUCAAGCUUUGCGCGAAAAAGAUCGCAGCGAGGACCUCUUGGCGUCGAUGCAUAUGUACCCGCAUGUCACCCCGCAAUACCACGGAAUGGGUAUGCCAGGAUACAUGCCGAUCCCAAACCCCCACAUGACAAUGAUGGGAGCUGCCAUGCCCGGCAUGGCGGGGGCUCCUUAUGCUGCGGCUUAUCCGAUGGCAUAUGCUCCUCACGCGGCGCAAGUGAAUGGCAACAACGCCAUGGCAGCCAAUGCACCCUACGCGGCGCAAAUGCAGGCCAAUAACGCCAUGGCACCACAAGCGGCGCAAAUGCCUGCCGCAAACAAUGUGGCCACCAAUGCGGCUUACGCCUUGCAAAUGCCGUCGGCAAAUCAUGUCGCCUACGGCGCACCUCAAGCGGCACAAAUGCCCACAGCAAACUUUGUGGCCUCCGCACCAGCCGUGGCAACUGCUUCUAACCAAGCAGCAAACUCCAAUGUACCCUCUACAAUUCAAAUGCCCGCCCCGAAUAACCACCCCGGGGCUCCCAACGCGCCUGUCCCUAUGACCGCAAAGAGCUCCACCGGUUCCUCGUCGGAACAGUCCCGCAAGAGAAUCAGACAAUUGGAUGCUGCGUCGGCUCGGCACCAAUCGUCUGAUAAUCGCCGUGUAGCCCCUCGUACUACAACGGCGGCGCCUGUUGCAGCGCAGCAAAACCGUCAGCCACAACAGCCUGUGAUGGUAUCUGCAAAUAAUGGCCAAGCUGCUUUCCACCAAUAUCAUGGACAACAGCAGCAGCAACACCAAGCACAACCUGCCCUCGCGGUAGCAGCCGCAAAUGCCCAAAUGUAUCAACAGCAGCUUUGGCGCACAGCCACUACCAGCAGCAGUUGCAGCAACAGCAACAUGGAGCUCCACAGUUUGCAGCAUCCAUGA